CAACUUUGUGGAAAAAGUAUCAUAUAUAAGCACAAAUCAUGCCAAAAAUAAUACAAAAUUUGUAGAAAUACAUAUAUCUUGACAACACAAGAUUGAGUUGACUACACAUGAUUAAAAUCCUGGCACCGCCACUGUUGCCAGCCUAUACUUGUCCUCCAAGAUCUAAUCCUAGUUUAAAAGGAAAGAAUAGAUAUGGAGGUGCAGAUAGGAAGGUUAGGAUUACAUCAAGUAUGUACGCUAAUACAUGCUACCUUAUUCUUACACCGAUCAAUCUUUUCAAGAAAUGAACCCUAGCUCCCAUCCAUCAAAAGAAGGGGGGAAAACUUCCAAUCGGCCGACUGAUAACAUGGGCGCGUCCACCACCUCGCGCGGGCGACGCACGCCCCUUGGUGCCCAACGCACCGCUUAUCGUUUUUGUGUGAGAUGUAGUGUGCGAGUCAACUCCAUCCUAACUCCUCCCCAUGCUUCUCUUCCGCAUCUAUUGUUGUGGCGGCCCUCGCGUAUGUUGGUGUUCCUCUGGUCGUCGUCCGUCUCCUCCAUCCAUCUAAUCUCUCAUCCUCUUCUCUCCCACAAUCCAUUCGCACUGGUCAUCAGCUCAUCACUUGAGCACAAGCAUGGUCGCCUCCCGUGCACAAGUCCACCCAUCUCCUCAUCCUCCAUUGUCGUCCAUGGCCGGAUGGUGCAGAGGAGCGUGGUGGAUCACCGCCGAUGCUGCAACAUGUGUGUGUGUUGUAAGAGGUGGAGCUAUGACGAGCUGGCUGCUCGGUGAUGUUGUCGUUAUUGCUGGAGGUGACGACAACAUGGUCCAUAUUGCAAUGGGUGACCGCAACAUGGUUUAUGUUGCAGUGGGUGACCAAAGGCCCCACGUCAUUCAAGCUGGUGAUGACCACACCAUGUCUCAUGUUGCAAUGGAUGACCAAAGCACAUGUCAUGUAUACGCAUAAUCGUAACAAGGUCCGUGUUGCAAACCAACCAAGCACAACAAGCAAAGGUUGCGGCUGACGUGGUGGGAGAUCGAACGGAUGUCUCGUGCGCCAUCUAACGUCUGCCGAGGCGGUCGAUCUAAUUGGUUGGUAACCCGGCCGGCAGUAAAGAAAGGUAAACGUCCUCAGUCUCCGAGAGAAGUACUUUGCACCCAUAUGAUUGCGGGAGCCAAUUACAUGAUGUUUCAAACAACCAAUUUUGUUUCGGAGGUUGACGCGCGGUGAGGCAUCCGUAAAAGCCUCCGUGAGACCGUGACGUGACAGGCGCGGGAGACUCACUGGAUGCACCUCGGAGCCAAACCGACGGCGACGGUUGGUUGCACUUUAUAUGCCCCGCUAACCGAUCUUUGCUUCCCUCACAGCAAAGAGACGGUGAGCAUGGCCAUGGGCGCGCACUGCUCGUGGUUGCUGAGAUCCCUCCUGCCGUCGCUGUGGGAGGCGGAGGUGGCCAUCUCCGCCGUGGCACUUCUCGCCGCCGCCGUCGCGCUGCUCCUCAUCCUCGAGGAGACCGCGUCCGCCACCUCCCCGCCUUUUUCCACGACUAAGAGCUACGACCGAGACCGCCGGUGCCGGACGCGGGGCAGCGCAAAGGGAAGCAGGGCGUUCGCUGAACCAGGAUGCGCCGGCGACGAGAUCACUCUUGUGGCUGACAGCUCUGGCUCUCGGAGCUCCACCGCGUACGUGAUCAAGCUGGAGCUGGUGUCUGCCAAGUACCUGAUCGGCGCCAACUUGAACGGGACCUCAGAACCCUACGCCGUCAUCUCCCUCGGCAGGCAGAAGCGCUUCAGUCCCAUGGUGCCUAGCCAAAGAAAUCCCGUGUGGGGGGAGGCGUUCAGCUUCCUGGCCAGAGAACUUCCAGCUGAGGUAAUCAUAACAGUUUAUGACUGGGACAAUGUAUGCAAACGCAAAGUCAUCGGAUCUGUAACUGUAGCUAUCCUCGCCGAAGAUGAAACAGGAGCCGUUUGGUACGACCUGGACAGCAGAUCUGGUCAGAUCUGCUUGCGUAUUAGCUCAAAGAAAGUGUCGUCGACUUCUGACAGCUUCUUUAAGCAGUAUACUGGAGCCAAGUCCCAGAGAAAGAUCAUACUCGCUAGGCAACGGUUGGCAAUGACUGAAGACAGUAGUCCUCUGCACGCUACAAUCGAAUUCCCUCAUGAUGAAAUUGUUCACCACAGUUAUUCUUGUGCUCUGGAGAGGUCUUUCUUGCGCUAUGGGCGUAUGUGCAUCUCCUCAUGGCAUCUGUGCUUCCAGUCACACGUAUUCUCCAAGCAAUUAAAUGUGAUCAUUCCGUUACAAGACAUAUAUGAGAUAAGGAGGAGCCAGCACUCCCUUAUAAACCCAGCUAUUACUAUAUUUCUUCAUACUGGCGCAGGUGGUCAUGGGGUAUCUCCAUUGUGCUGCCAAAAUGGAAGCGUAAGGUACAAGUUCACAUCCUUCUGGAACAGAAACCGUACAUUUCGAGCUCUAGAGACGGCGCUGCAGAGUUACCGAGCAACAUUGGAAGCCGAAAAGCAGGUGAGUUCACAUUUGCUUCUUAAAGGAGAGAGUAUGAAUGUUAUUAGCAGCAGAACAGACAACAUAAAGACAGAAGACAGAAGAAUUGGACUGACUAUCACAUUUCAACCUUUCAUCAAUGAACAUGUUCUUGUAGACAUAACCAGUAAUACCUUCCCUGGUACACCUGAGAAUUUUUUCACUGUGAUACUAGGUGACGAUGCAAUGUUUUUCCAGCAGUACCGAAAUACACGAAAAGAUACAGAUUUAAAGGUGUAUUUUGUCAAUUGCGCUAUUGGCAUAUCCUUUUCAUGGUCUCAAUUUUUUUUACCAAGUUGGUUGCUGCUAGCAUUAGACGACGUAACAGUCAAAUGUUCUAAAUUUCUCCAGCUGAGUAAGUGGCAUGUCUCAGAUGAGUACGGUGGAAAUGUUCGUGAAGUAACUUUCAGGUCACUAUGCCACAGUCCUUUGUGUCCUCCAGACACUGCGGUAACUGAAUUGCAGCAUGCUUCUUUCUCAAACGACAAAAGAAACCUGAUCUAUGAAACAAAGCAGCAAGCACACGAUGUCCCAUUUGGUUCUUACUUUGAGAUCCACUGCAGGUGGUCUCUAAGGACAACCUCUAGUUCAACAUGUCAAGUGGAUGUAAAGAUUGGUGUGAACAUGAAGAAGUGGUGCAUUUUGCAAUCAAAAAUAAAAUCUGGAGCAACUGAGGAGUACAGGAGAGAAGUUUGCAAGAUUUUGGAGGCUGCCAGUGAUUAUACCGUCAAAGCUGAGUCAAAUGGGCCAAAUAGGGAAGAUAUUGUGGUGACAUCUUCAGCAUAACGAACUGCACAAGAAAACCACCUGCAUAUUUCUGUGUACGCAUACAUACAGGACAUAUUUGCAGAAUUUGGAGGCUGCUUGCGCUGUAACCUGAAAGCUUCGUCGAAGAGCCAAGCCAAUGAUGAUACUGUUGCAACAUGUCCUCCAUGAAAACUUGCUGUUAAAACGACC